AUGUCAGAACUCGAUUCAAAUCACAUUCCAAUCGUGGACUUUUCACGCUUUGGUACGGAUCUUCCUAGUCUGGCUCAGGAAGUCAGAACGGUUUGUGAAGCCUGGGGUUUUCUCUACCUGAAGAACCAUGGGUUGGAGCAAAGUAAGAUCGACAAUAUGUUCCACAUCAGCAAGACUUUCUUCAAGGACACAUCUCGGGAAGAGAAAGCCAGUACGCCAUGGAGCAGCAUCUACAAUGCAGGGUAUGAUGCCAAAACUGGAACAGAGGGAUACUUCUCUGAGAAUGGCGCAAAUGAGAUUAUGUCGACCGAAGACAGCAAAGAGGUGUUUGUAAUUCGUAAGGAGAGCUCCUACGACCAGCCAAUGCCUCCAUCACUCAAGCGAUUCAAUCCCGAAAUUCAAUCAUUUAUGGCUGAGACACAUGAGAAGAUCGCCGUGCCAUUGCUUGCGUGCUUGGGGUUGGGUCUCGGUUUGACGAAAGACAGACUUCCUCGGAUUCAUCAACACGAGAGUCCCUCCGUGACCACCCUUCGUCUCAUCCAUUACCCAGCCCUUCGGCAGAAUGAUACCGCCCCUAUUCGACUUCCUUCACACACCGACCAAGGUGUGAUCACUAUCCUUUUCCAGAAUCAAAUUGCAGGACUUCAAGUACGGCCACCUAAGUAUACAGGUCCAAUUAAGGACGAUGAGCAAUGGCUCGACGCGCCAGUAAUACCGGGCGCCGUGCUCAUAAACAUUGGUGAAACAAUGACCUUUUUCUCUGGCGGUUUGAUGAAGAGCACUUUGCAUCGGGUUGCGAAAAGUCCAAAUCCAGAAGAUCAUGGCAAAGAUCGCUUCUCCAUGGCUUACUUCUGCCACCCAAAUCAAGACACACUGCUUGAGGUCCUCGAAGGCAUCGAGGGUGGAGUAAAGAGGGACCCUCCCAUUUCUUGUGUAACUGGCAGACAGGUAAAAACGGUUAAGGAUUGGAUCGAACACCGCCAUUCUAUGGGACGUCUGGAAGCUGCGAAAUAG